AUGUCAAAUCAAGAAUUUUGGUUGAAUUAUUUAGAUAAUCCGACAUUAUCGGUCUUACCUCAUGACUUUUUAAAACCAGCUAAUAACCAGUCAGUGGAAGCUUCUUACAGCUUUGAUGUCUCAGACGACAAGACGAAAGAUUUUCCAUUCGGAUUGGCUGUUUUUGGUGCUUUAAUCUAUAAAUUGACUGGUGAUGAGGAUAUAGUUGUUGCUACUGAUACUGAAUCGAAUUAUAAGGAAUUCAUAGUCAGAAUGAACUUAACUCCUUCAAUGAAGUUCAGUGAGUUAUUGGCUAAUGUCCAAAAGGAAUAUGACAACAAUUCCACGAAAAUUGACUACGAAUCGUUGAAUGAAGUCGCUGAGUACAUCAAAACAUCCAAGAAAUUGGAUGAUUACCCAACGUUGUUUAGAUUGUCGUAUCAGCAUGCAAAUCCAACGCAGCAAUUGUCCACUGCAGUUCAAGGAUCUGUCCGUGACUUGGCUUUCUUUGGUCCAGGAAAAGAUGGAAAAUUCAGCAUUUACUAUAACUCAUUAUUGUACAAAUACGACAGAAUUGUGAUCUUGGCUGAACAAUUCCAGAAGUUUUUGGGAGCCGUUUCUACAAACCCAGAUAUUGAGAUUUCGAAGGUAAACUUGAUGACUGACUCACAAAUCAGACAAUUACCAGAUCCAACUUUAGAUUUGGACUGGUCUGGCUAUCGUGGUGCUAUACAAGACAUCUUCAUGAAGAAUGCUGAAGAAAACCCUUCAAGCACAUGUGUUGUGGAAACAAAAUCAUUCUUGGAUUCUAAGUCCAAAACCCGUACAUUCAAUUAUCAGCAAAUUAACCAAGCCUCCAAUAUAGUCGGUAACUACUUGAAGGAAAAUGGUAUUAAGAAAGGUGAUAUUGUUAUGAUCUAUGCUUACAGAGGUGUUGAUUUGAUGAUUGCAGUUAUGGGUGUCUUGAAGGCGGGUGCAACUUUUUCUGUUAUCGAUCCUGCUUAUCCACCAGCUAGACAGAAUAUCUAUCUUUCGGUUGCCAAACCUAGGGGUUUAAUUGGUAUUGAAAAGGCAGGUGUCUUGGACUCAUUAGUUGUGGAUUAUAUUGAGAAAGAAUUGGAUGUAAUUACUACCAUUCCUCAAUUGAAGGUCAACGACGAUGGCUCUUUAGUCGGUGGUCUCUUAAAUGGCCAAUCAGCUGAUUGCUUGCAAAAUUACGAAAGUUUCAAGGACAAGGCUACAGGUGUUAGAGUUGGACCUGAUUCUAACCCUACAUUAUCUUUUACUUCUGGUUCCGAAGGUAUUCCUAAAGGUGUAUUAGGUCGUCACUAUUCUUUAGCAUACUAUUUCCCAUGGAUGUCUAAACAGUUUAAUCUCUCAUCCAAAGAUAAGUUCACUAUGUUGUCGGGAAUUGCGCAUGAUCCUAUUCAAAGAGAUAUGUUCACUCCAUUAUUUUUGGGUGCCCAAUUAUUAAUUCCAACUUCAGACGAUAUUGGUACUCCAGGUAAAUUGGCAGACUGGAUGGCCGAAUAUGGUGCCACAGUCACUCAUUUAACUCCAGCAAUGGGUCAAUUGUUGAGUGCCCAGGCAACUACUGCUAUUCCAAGUUUACACCACGCUUUCUUUGUCGGUGAUAUUUUGACUAAGAGAGAUUGCUUGAGAUUGCAAAGUUUAGCAGAAAAUGUUUACAUUGUCAACAUGUAUGGUACUACCGAAACCCAAAGAUCUGUUUCCUUCUUUGAAAUCAAGAGUCGUAAAUCCGACCCAGUUUACUUGAAGAAUUUGAAAGAUGUCAUGCCUGCUGGUAAAGGUAUGUAUAACGUCCAAUUAUUAGUUGUUAAUAGAUAUGAUUCUUCGCAAACCUGCGGUGUUGGUGAAGUUGGUGAGAUUUAUGUUAGAGCAGCGGGAUUGGCAGAAGGUUACAGAGGAUUACCAGAUUUGAAUGCAGCUAAGUUUGUCACUAAUUGGUAUGUUGAUCCUAAAAAGUGGGCUGAACAGGAUGAACAAAACAAGAAUUCUACGGAAACUUGGAGAGAAGACGGAUGGUUAGGGCCAAGAGACAGAUUGUACAGAACCGGUGAUUUAGGUCGUUAUUUACCAGAUGGAAAUGUUGAAUGUUGUGGUAGAGCUGAUGACCAGGUUAAGAUCAGAGGGUUCAGAAUUGAAUUAGGUGAGAUUGAUACUCACUUAUCUCAACAUCCUUUAGUCAGAGAAAAUGUUACGUUGGUUAAAAGAGAUAAGAACGAAGAGCCCACAUUAAUCGCCUACAUCGUUCCUAAGAAUACUCCGGACUUGAAGAAUUUUACAUCCGAGGUUGAUACUGAAGAAGCAUCUGACCCUGUUGUUGGCGGUUUGGUUAUCUACAGAGAAUUAAUCAAGGAUAUCAGGGCUUAUUUGAAGAAAAGAUUGGCAUCAUAUGCUGUUCCAACCAUGAUCGUUCCAUUAGCUAAGUUACCAUUAAAUCCUAACGGUAAGGUUGAUAAGCCGAAAUUACCUUUCCCAGAUAGUGUUCAAUUGGCAGUGGUUGCAAGAUUAACUGCUGAUAGUAAAGGCCAAAAUGCUGAAGUAGAGAAUUUCAAUGAAUUGGAAUCAACCAUCCGUGACUUGUGGUUAGAGGUAUUGCCUAACCGUCCUGCUUCUAUUGCUAAAGAUGAUUCGUUCUUUGACUUAGGCGGCCACUCUAUUUUGGGAACCAGAAUGAUCUUUGAGUUGAGAAAAAAGUUAUGUGUAGAAGUUCCAUUAGGGGUAAUUUUUAAGAACCCAACGAUCGAAGCAUUUGCUCGUGAAGUUCAAAAAUUCAUUAGAAAUGAUGACUUUGAAUUAGCAGGACACGAUAAUGAUGAUGAAGAGACAAAGGUUAAAGCUGUUGAUUAUGCUGCAGAUGCUGCAGAAUUAAUCAAGGCCAAUUUAUUGCCUAAAUAUGAAUCGCGUAACUCGCUUGACACUUCAGAAACCAUUAAUGUUUUCCUUACUGGUGCUACCGGGUAUUUGGGUUCUUUCAUAGUUCGUGACUUGUUGUCAGCACGUCCAGGAAAACCAGUAAAGGUAUAUGCUCAUGUAAGAGCGUCCUCGAAGGAAGCUGGUUUCGAAAGAUUGCGUAACACAGGAUUAACCUACGGUAUUUGGAACGAUUCUUGGAAAGACAAGAUUGAGGUUGUUCUCGGUGACUUAUCAAAGCCGCAAUUUGGUAUGGAAGAUGCCACCUGGAAUGAGCUAGCUGAAACUGUUGAUGUUAUCAUCCACAAUGGUGCGUUUGUUCACUGGGUCUAUCCAUACUCUCAAUUGAGAGAUGCGAAUGUCACCAGCACUGUCAAUGUCUUGAACUUAUGUGGUACUGGUAAGGCUAAGCAAUUUGCAUUUGUUUCAUCUACAUCAGCUAUCGAUACCGAUCAUUUUGUCAGAUUAUCAGACGAUUUGAUUGCCAAGGGAUUGGCAGGUAUUCCAGAAUCCGACGAUUUAUCGGGCUCGGCAAAGGGCUUGGGUACUGGUUAUGGUCAAUCCAAAUGGGCAUCUGAACGAAUAAUCAGGACUGCCGGUGACCGUGGAUUGAAAGGUAGUAUCGUGAGAUCUGGUUAUGUUCUUGGAUUCUCCGAAACUGGUGCUACCAACUCAGAUGACUUCUUGGUCAGAAUGUUGAAGGGUUGUGCCGAAUUAGGAUCAUACCCUGACAUUUCCAACAACGUCAAUAUGGUUCCAGUAGACCACGUUGCAAGAUUAGUUGUGGCCUCUGCGUUCCACCCUCCGCAAGACGACCAUUUGGCCGUUGUCCAUGUCACGGGCCAUCCAAGACUCCAAUUCAAUACCUACUUAGGCACCUUGGCCGAAUACGGGUACGAUGUUUCGAUCGAUGAUUACCCAACCUGGAGAUCUGCCUUGGAAAGAUUUGUGGUCCAGGACUCCAAAGACUCUGCAUUGUUCCCAUUAUUGCAUUUCGUGUUGGAUAAUUUACCUCAGAACACGAAAGCGCCCGAAUUGGACGACUCCAAUGCUUCCAAGGCAUUGAAAUCCGACGAGAAGUGGACUGGUGUGGAUGUCAGCGGUGGUAAGGGUAUUGACGUCAAGCAAAUGGGUGUCUACAUUAGCUACUUAGUCAAAGUAGGUUUCUUACCAGCACCAACCAAAAAGGGUUUACCAUUGCCUGAAGUUGAUAUUUCCGACGAAACUGUCAACUUGAUCACUGCCGGUGCCGGUGGCCGUGGAUCUGCUGCCAAAUAA